AGAGCUGGCGGUUGCUGUCAGCUGAUUCCCGGGGUUGGUGGCAGCGGCAGCCACGGAGAUGGACUUUCUCCUGGGGAACCCGUUCAGCUCUCCAGUGGGACAGCGCAUCGAGAAAGCUACAGAUGGCUCCCUGCAGAGUGAGGACUGGGCCCUCAACAUGGAGAUCUGCGACAUCAUCAACGAGACCGAGGAAGGCCCCAAAGAUGCCUUCCGAGCGGUGAAGAAGAGAAUCAUAGGCAAUAAGAACUUCCAUGAGGUGAUGCUUGCUCUCACGGUCUUGGAGACAUGCGUCAAGAACUGUGGGCACCGCUUCCAUGUGCUGGUGGCCAACCAGGACUUCGUGGAGGGUGUGCUGGUGAGGACCAUCCUGCCCAAGAACAACCCGCCCACCAUCGUGCACGACAAAGUGCUGACCCUCAUCCAGUCCUGGGCUGACGCGUUCCGCAGCUCGCCCGAUUUGACAGGUGUCGUCGCUGUCUACGAGGACCUGCGGAGGAAGGGCCUGGAGUUCCCCAUGACUGACCUGGACAUGCUAUCACCUAUCCACACACCCCAAAGGACUGUGUUCACCUCAGAAGCACCAUCAGGACACACCUCUCUGGGCACUGACCCCAGCCAGAGAGGAGAGUUGAGCCAGCACACUGCCCCUCUGCCCACCCCAACUGUACUCCCUGGCGAUACACCCAUAAUGCCAACCCCUGAGCAGGUAAGCAGACAAACCUUUGGCCAAACUGGGUCAGGAAGGGGCCCCUGUCAGCAUGAAAGUCACUGUGGAGCUGCUAGUUCAUCCUCCCAGCAGCACCGGGUAGGUAUUAUUCUUUCUGUCUUAGAGAUGAGGCUCAGAGUCACACAGCUUAUCAGCUGGGAUUCAAGCUUACAUCUGUCUGACCCCUGGCAGGCAUUGUCCUAUACCUCAGCUGUUUUCCAAACUGCCCUCCAUGGAGCCUUCCGGGAAGCACUGUGGAGAGGAACUGCCCAGCAGACGGCCCUUCCACCACAGCAGCUCACUUUACUUGUUUGGUAACGUGCUCAGUUUCAUCUGAACUGAGGUUCUGGCAAAGACAGUUGUGAAACAUCUGCACAGAAAGUACAAGACAUAUUUGCAUUGCACCUUGCUGCUUCCCCCAAAGCCCCACGAAGAAGCUUUGAGGCUUGACAUGAGAUUCUAGGUCAGUUUUCCCAGCCCUGUGACUACCUCUGCAGUUACCUGCCUCAGACCAGGCAGCACACUGGCUGAGGCACUCUCUGACCUCAGUUUCCUCCUCCUGUAGCUGGCAAAGCAGUGACUGGUCCUGUAGUCGUAAGCUAUUUGUGGCAUGCAAGCCACUCUGCAUGCUGAGGUACUUGCAUGGCCAAGCCUGGUGACAGCUAGGUGCUUGGUCAUUUUAUAUGGUGCUGGCCUGCACACCAGGGAUGGCCACUUUCAAGGUGCUUCACAAACUGCAGAUCCAUGGUCAGCCAAGUGUAAAGAUUUAGCUGCUGAGUGUGCUAGAGGUGAAGACACAGAAACGCGAGGAAAUGAGGCGAGGCUUCACUUUUCAAGCAUUGUCCCACCAGCUGCUUAUGUGUUAUGUGGGCAUGGUCAUACCCUACUUGGAGAGAAAUUUCCAUCUUUG